GCCAUGUUUGAGGUUGAUGGCCUGGACGACAUACCUGAUGUGGUUGAGGAACGACACCACAAGAGAGACGACGUACCGCCAGUCACUAUGCACGUGGCAGAGACAGUCGAGGAAACAGUCAAGAAGCUGCAAGGCCUGCAGCAAGAGCCUUUCCAACCCAGUUCACAAGUAGAGCCAGACGCGUCUAAGCGCCGAUUCCUGUGCUGGAAUAUGGAUGCCAGCAUAGUCAGCCGGGUGGAGGAGGACUAUGCCUCCGUAGACAUC